CAGAAAUCCAGUGAUGUAUGUUUAAAAUAAAAUAAAAGUAUGCAGUCUGCAGUCUGCAGUGUUUUUAACUUUCGUACAUUAGUGAGGGUUAGAUUAGGUAACGUACAUACUAGGUAUUCAUACAUGUACUCUUACAUACCAGGGUAGUACAUACUAUACAUACUGCAUACAUAUAACAAAACCCCACUACAUCUUAUCCCAUCUGUCGGUAUAAACCUCACAAAGUAUUGGGUAUCUACGAACCACGAACCACGAACUUACGAACCCUCUUUUUUUCAUAUCGAACGAACUGUAGCCGAGUGGAGAUUUGUGUUUUAUAUCAAAACAACGAGAGCCAACGAUUAUCAUACCACCAACAUCCAAUUAUCCAACUCAUACGUUGAAAAACCUCACACUUCCAAAACGUGAAGGUGUCAAAGACUCAAAGUAACUUACUAGAUACCCAAGAUAGUAGGCAGUUGCUAUACAGCCAGCCAGCCAUCCAACCAGCCCUAAAAUGCCCAAACCCCUCAUCGCCCUCGGCUGCGAAGGCAGCGCCAACAAACUCGGCAUCGGCAUAAUCUCGCACGACCCCAUCACCGGCCAAUCCUCCGUCCUCUCCAACAUCCGGCACACCUUCGUCUCCCCGCCAGGAACCGGCUUCCUCCCAAAGGACACCGCGCGCCACCACCGCUCCUUCUUCGCCCAAAUCGCGCGCCGCGCCCUCUCCGAAGCCGGCAUAACCGACCCCUCCGCCCAACUCUCCUGCGUCUGCUACACCAAAGGCCCCGGCAUGGGCGCACCUUUACAAUCCGUCGCCGUCGCCGCGCGCACGCUCUCCCUCCUCUGGGGCGGUCUCCCCCUCGUCGGGGUGAACCACUGCGUGGGGCACAUCGAGAUGGGGCGCGAGAUCACGGGCGCGCAGAACCCAGUCGUGCUGUACGUGAGCGGGGGCAACACGCAGGUGAUCGCGUACGCCGAGCGGCGGUACCGGAUCUUCGGCGAGACCCUCGACAUCGCCGUCGGCAACUGCCUCGACCGCUUCGCCCGCACCCUCGACAUCAGCAACGACCCCGCGCCCGGCUACAACAUCGAGCUGCUCGCCCGUCGCCGGGGCCGCCUCCUCGACCUCCCCUACGCCGUGAAAGGCAUGGACUGCAGCUUCAGCGGCAUCCUCAGCGCCGCCGACCUGCUGGCCGCGCAGAUGCGGGAGCAGGAUGCUAAAGUCGCGCGGGGCGAGGAGGUUAGUGAGGAAGACCGGAUCACCCCCGAGGACUUGUGCUUCAGUCUGCAGGAGACCGUCUUCGCCAUGCUGGUGGAGAUCACGGAGCGCGCGAUGGCGCACGUGGGCAGCAACCAGGUGCUUAUAGUAGGCGGCGUGGGAUGCAAUGAGCGCCUCCAAGAGAUGAUGGGGCAGAUGGCCAAGGAGAGGGGCGGGAGCGUGUACGCGACGGACGAGCGCUUCUGCAUAGACAAUGGCAUCAUGAUUGCCCAUGCGGGUCUGUUGGCGUACCGGACUGGAUUCCGUACCCCAUUAGAGGAAAGCACAUGUACGCAGAGAUUUAGAACAGAUGAAGUUUAUGUUAAAUGGAGAGAUUAAAUGAUCACCCCCGGCUGUAAACCCCUAUCGAC